AUGAUUGAAAACUCAUUUCAAGAUUGCUUUCUGAAUUUGAAAGUAGCCGAUAGAGUCGAAUCUCUAGUUUCAAAUGUGUUGGAAGGACAAUCAAAGCUUGAGACACUUAGAGAUUCAUAUCAAACCGGAUUAAGAUCUCAUGGAAAGAGCAUUCUAGAUGUGUUGUCUACUAGGAAGGAAGAUGAUAAAACUGAAAUCCUACAUGCUCAUUUACAAAAUUUACAAGAACAAGUUGAACAAAUCCAACAAAUGGAAGAUGUGGACAAAAUUGAAGUUGCAUGGAUGGCAUACACUGACAGUUAUGAGAAUUUCAAAACAGAUGAUUCCAAAACUUCUGAGAGAGCUAAACAACUGCAAAUUGUGAGAAAGAAGUGCUCAUUUUUCUUAAGAGACACACACUCAAAACUAGAAGAAUAUUGUCAAAGAAUUAUGAUUCAAGCUGAAGAACACAGAGCUUGCAAGUCGUCGUUCGAUGAUAAUCUUUCUGCUGAAAUCCGGACAAUCAAAGAAAGCUUCGCCGAUUUGCUCAAAAACCUCUUCCAAAAACGGAGAGUUGAGAAAUUGAAAGUGUUGGUGGAUGAGUUUGACUUGGUGAACAUGGAAAAAUGCAACACUCGAGUGGAAGCCUACCAGAAUUCUAUUCGGAAGCGGAAACUUUUGAUGAGACGUGUUUAUGAAGCUGAGAAGGAGUUAAGAUCCCAUCAAUUUAAACUGAGAAAAGUCCCUUAUGUUCAUUUUGAGUCAAUUUCUAAGGCUUCCAAAACCAUCACUGCUUCCACCGCUAAACUCAUUGCCAUGGGUAAUUUGUAUUCCCAACGGAACGAUUCAAUGCAAACUGACUUAGAAGUUUCACGACGCCAAAAAGUUGUGUUGGAUAAAAAAUUAGCCGAACUUCUUCAGAAUACAACAAAAAAUCAAAUUGAAUUGUGCGACGUCAUCAAACAAGCCAUCAGGCAGCAGAUCUAUAAACACGAUGAUUUGUGUUGUCUGACUCCGGAUGAAUUUGAUGCUUGUGUUUGGUGA